ACACAGUGGCGGAGCAACUGGCUUUGCGGAGGAGAGGUCGCGGGCUCUGUGGCGCAGGAGUUCAAUUAAGAAGAUGUCAGCUUUUACUCCGAGGAAAAGGAAGCGGAAUUCUUUGAACUGUGACAACCUAUUAUCAAACAUUCCAUCAAAGAAAUUAAUUUUGGACUUUACUGAAAAUAUAUUUUCAUCACCUAAUAAAAAAUACAUUUGCCAAGGUAGUGAUGAAAAUGAAGAAAAGGUGCAUUGCUCUCAACAAGGCCCUUUCAUUUCAAGUCUGCUCAAAACAACUAAAAAAGAUAGAUUACCAUCUGCAAAUCAAAGUUCACCUUUUAAAUCUUGUGUGUCUACUGUAUCCUUUUACAACAAAAAUAAGUGUUACCUCAAUCCAUUGGAGAGAAAGAUGAUAAAAGAGAGUAAAUCCAUUUGUCUAAAAACUAAUAAUGAAGAUAAGUCUUUUCCCAGCAUAACAGAAAAAAUGCAGGAAAAACCAGUCUGCUCCAAGAAGAUGAAGAAAAAAACACAGAAGAGUUUAACUGCUAAGGGUCAACCAAGUUAUAAGUGCAUCAAGCCUGUAUCAAAGAAUUCUAAAAAUUCCAAGCAAAAUCGAGUGGCCUACAAACCAAUUGUAGAUAAAGAGAAUAAUUGUUAUUCAGCUGAAAAUAAUCUGAAUGCUCCUCGAGUUCUAAGCCAAAAAGUCAAACCACAAGUAACACUCCAGGGUGGAGCAGCAUUUUUUGUUAGAAAAAAAUCCUCUCUUAGAAAACUGUCUCUGGAAAAUAAGCCGUUACUGGGACUCACGCAAGAGAAUAAAUCAGAAGUGAUUAAAGAUUCUGAUGUAAAGACUGUCAGUGAAAGAAAAAGUUUUGAGACAAGGCAAGUGCCACAGUGCUUGUUACUAGAAAAGGAACUGAACAUUGAGCUGCUGGGUUCAAGAAGUAAAAAUGAAGAGAAAUUAAAGGAUUCAUCAAGUGGAAUAGUUUCUUCAAGGGAACAUAAACCUGACGAAUAUAAGUGUUUUCCUUUAGAAGAUUCUCACAGUGAGAACAAGGCAGUUUCUCCUGAGUCCAUUGUCUAUCCCAUCUUCAAUUCAGCUACAGUCAAUACAAAAAGAUCUCUAGUUGAAGAACAGUCUUCUGUGGGAUCCAUCAGAUCUACUAACUUACUGAAACAGAUCAACACACAGAAAAGUACUAAUGCCAGAGAUACAAAUAAAGAAACAAAAGACCAGCUCAUCAUUGACGCAGGUCAGAAACAUUUUGGAACCACCAUGUGUAAGUCCUGUGGCAUGAUCUAUACUGCUUCCAACCCUGAAGAUGAAAUGCAUCAUGUUCAGCAUCACCACAGAUUUCUGGAGGGAAUCAAAUACACAGGCUGGAAAAAGGAACGUGUAGUAGCAGAGUUUUGGGAUGGGAAAAUUGUGUUGGUCCUGCCACAUGAUCCAAGUUAUGCUAUCAAAAAGGUAGAAGAAGUGCAAGAACUUGUUGAUAGUGAAUUGGGCUUCCAGCAAGUUGUUCCCAGAUGUACAAACAAAAUCAAAACUUUUCUCUUUAUAUCUGAUGAAAAGAGAGUAGUUGGGUGUUUAAUUGCAGAGCCCAUCAAACAGGCCUUCCGUGUCCUGUCUGAACCAGCUGGUCCAGAAUCCCCAGGCUCUAAAGAAUGUCAUAGGGCUUGGCAAUGUUCAAAUGUACCAGUACCUGCAGUCUGUGGGAUAAGUAGAAUCUGGGUCUUCAGAUUGAAGAGAAGAAAGCGCAUUGCAAGGCGACUGGUAGAUACUCUCAGGAAUCGCUUCAUGUUCGGCUGUUUUCUCCGCACUGAUGAAAUAGCAUUUUCUGACCCAACACCAGAUGGCAAGUUAUUUGCAACCAAGUACUGCAACACCCCUAAUUUCCUUGUAUACAAUUUUAAUAACUAAAACCAAUUUCAGUUAUAGAAUAGUUACUACAUGGAUGAAUUAAGACAGCUUCUUGCCAUACAAUAAGAACGAUUUAGUAAAUGUACUGAGACAGGCACACACACAAAACCUGGCUGCUUUGUUCCUUAUAUAAGAGUUGAAAAGUCAAGGACAGAUUUGUUGAAAAUUAUCUGGAGAUUCAAAGAAAGGAAAAAUCUUUGGAUGGUGUAUAUAUACUGUCUACUACUCUGAAUCCUUAAUUAUGAAACUUUGUAAAUAUAACUGGAAAAUUACUUGCCUUUUACAUAGGAACACUGACAAAGCAAGGGUUUUCCACAGAAAUGUGACUAGUUACCUUUUAUAAAGCACCACUGAACCAGGAUUUCUCAUGCUCAAUCAAAAGCAAAUAGGAAAAUUUAAAGACAAAUAAUUUUCAUGCCCAAUUUUUAAAGGUAAUUCCUGAAUUCUGUACAGAAUUCUCACCUUAUAGGUAGCAGCAAAGUUGAAUAUAUUUAGAAAGUGUUUCAAAUUUCUAGUUUGUAUAAUAGAGUAAGACAGUAAAGAAUAAGAUUUCCAUGUACUUUUAUGUAGAACAGAAUUCUAUAGCUUAAUGUUUUACAUCUUUUUAAAGAUUAUUAAUCAAAAGCAGUUCUUGCCAAAUUAAUUCAAGUUAAACUUAGUAAUUGCACUACUGUAAUUUAACUUAUGGUGUAUGAAUAUGCUAAUUGUGCUACUUUAAUGACCUUAUUACUGAUAAUUGAAAUGAUCAACAAAAUGGAUGCCCAGUGGGAUUAGAUGAUUCAUAUGGUUACAUUUAAAAUUUUUUUGCAUGUCUAAAAUACACCUUACUUGUUCUGAGACAUCUAACAAAAUGUAUAGUGUCAGAACCAAGGUUAGUGAAUAAAUAUUAUAUCUAGGCCGAUGGGUCAGAGAACAUGACAUGUGAGUAUACCUAAAUGUUUUAAUCUCUUUAAAAAUCAUAGUUUUCUAGUAUAAUUCUUGGAUACUUUGAAAAGCAAAGAAUUAUUCAGAUUGUUGAUUCAAAAAACCAUUUAAUUGCUACCUGGCAAUAAUACUCUAGGGAAGUAGUUUCCCAGGUUAUAACUUUAUGUAGAAUAUGUUCAUUUACAUUCUUUUUUUUGCCUAUAAGUUAACAUAGUUCCAAAAUUUAAAGGCCUGGGUUCCAAAAUGAAUGUGGAAGCGUUAAAAUGUGUGUAAUUAUGCAAACUUUUUAUUUUCUGCACUGAUGUUUUUUGUUUUAAAUGUUUUAAAAAUGUUAUUAAUAUUAUUUGCUUGUUCAAUGCUUUUGUGAUGGAUCAAUUAAAAUCUUUUUCAAUAU